AUGGAAAUUUUUAGGAAAAACUUCAGAACACGGAGAAUUCAGCUCGGCUUCAGUCAAACCGAUGUCUCUGAAGCGUUACCAGCAAAUCUGAGAUACUCGCAGACAACUAUAUCCCGGUUUGAAAAUGGUUUAUUGUGCUUGAAGAAAAUGUGUGAGCUAAGAUACGCUCUUGAAUCAUGGCUGAAAAAAGUUGAUAGCUCAUACGUGAGCUCUUCAAAUAGCAACGAACCGAGCUCCAACAAGAAGAAAAUGAGAAAGCGAAGGACGUUCUUCGAGGAUGCAGUGAAAACUUACCUGGAAGGUCAUUUUGCUGCGAAUCCCUUACCCGAUCAAGAAAUACUGAUGAAGCUUGCGCAUGAGUUGAAUCUCAGUUAUCAGGUAGUCCGUAUUUGGUUCUGCAACAGGCGACAAAAGAAAAGAAGGGAAGAUGCUGAGGCGAAAGUUCCUUUGCCGGAAGCCAUCAUUCUCGACAGAAAUUCAUGUCAAUUGACUGUGAGAAACGCAAGCAAUUCUGUUGAAACUGUAGCUUCCUCACAUGACCCUUAUCCAUUGGAAGAGCUCUCAGAAAUUUCUGACAUUUAUCCUUUCCAGUAA